AUUUAUUAUUCAUUAACGCAGGCACCGACGUCAAUUUUGUUUAGUCCAGACAAACGAUUCCAUUCAUUUGGAUAUGAAGCAGAAGAUAAAUACUCGGAUUUGGCGGAAGAAGAUAUGCAUUCUGAUUGGUAUUUCUUUCGGAGGUUUAAGAUGAUACUUCAUCAAAAUAAGGUAUUGUCAAGAAAAACGCUUCUGCUGGAAGUAAACAGGAAACCAUUACCAGCUCUUACAGUGUUUUCGGAAGCAAUAAAGUACUUAAAGAAGAAUCUGACCGAGACAAUAUUCAAGAGGGUGACAGGCUUUGAAGAAAGUGACAUUCACUGGGUCCUGACUGUUCCAGCAAUAUGGACAGACGCCGCAGAACAGUUCAUGCGGGAGGCUGCCCUUCAGGCUGGUAUAAAUGGAGAAUGCCUUGAACUUGUUCUCGAGCCAGAGGCGGCAUCGGCUUUCUGUAAAUGUCUCCCAGUAGAGCGUCUCAACGGUGGCCAGUCAAUGACGUUUGACUGCUUUCAUCCGGGCACUUGUUACAUCGUUCUUGAUUUAGGAGGUGGAACAGUUGACAUCACUGUUCACACUGUUCAAGAAAUUUGAAGUCUGUCUGAAAUGGCAAAGGCCAGCGGUGGUGCUUGAGGCGGUACACAAGUUGAUGAUGCUUAUCUUGAAUGUUUGGCUGAGAUGUUUGGAACCAAAGUUAUUGAAACAUUUAAGGAAGAGCAUACCGGAGAUGUUUUAGACAUGAUGAGAGACUUUGAAGUAAAGAAGAGGGCAAUAUCUGAGGAGAAAGAGGGCAACAUAGUACUCAGGAUACCAGCAGCUUUUGCAGAAACAUACAAGAGCUUAAACAGUAAUCCUAUUUCGAAGCACAUCUUUAAGGGACGCUUUACUGAAACAACCAAACUAAAGCGUGAUAAACUCAACAUAAAUGUUGGUGUAUCUAAACAGUUUAUCGCACGUUCAGUAUCAAACAACAUUGAACAUGCCAAAAGAAUCUUAGCCGAGAAUGAAUGCAGCAACAUCAGUACAAUAUUGCUUGUAGGAGGCUUCGCAGAAUCUGAGAUCGUACAAGAAAGAAUUCGUGAAGCGUUUCCUAAUAAGAGAGUGAUCAUUCCUAGCGAGUCCGGAUGUCCUCAAAGGAGCAGUUCUUCUUGGUCAUGACCCAAGAAUAGUGAAGAGCAGGAUCAGUAAAUACAACUACGGUAUCGAAAUAAUUCAAGGAUUUGAAACAGGGCAGCCGGAAAAAUACAAAGUAUUUGAAAAUGAAGAAUUCGAAUGUCGUUAUAUAUUUCAUAAAUUCGUACGAGCUGGAGAGGCAGUACCCGUGGGAAGAGUAGUUGAAAACCAUUACAUAUCGGACACAUUUGAUGUAAAGGAGGGUCUUGGAUUUUAUGCCUCAACGGAAGAAAAUCCACAAUACGUAACAGAAGAAAGCUGUUUCAAAAUUGGCACUGUUAAGUUUGAAAAACCACGAGAACAGUAUAAGCUCGAAAUGCAUUUUGGAGAAACGGAAAUCCUUCUUAAGUUCAUUUUCGCCGACGGCAAGAGACAAACUGAGACAAUUAACUUUCUCAGUGACUAGAAUAUCUAUAACCUUCUAGUUAUAUGUGGAUAUCGCAUAUCAAAUCAAAGACCUAACAGGUUCAAUCAAACCAAGUCUUCUAUUACUUGUCAUGGUUGCGGCUUUUUUUUUGCUCCCAAAGGGUCUUCUAGUAGAUUUCAGUAAUUAUCACAGCAGCAGUCUUGAAGUGAUGUGUGGCCGCUGUAACACGUUUCUCCCUACUUGGACUUGUUGACAGUUUUUGUUAUAUUUUCUGGUCCUUUGGGAUCAUAGAGUCAAAAUCAGUUUUACUGUAAUAGAGUUCCGCUUACGUCAGUGCUAACGGGCGUGAGGAUGUUAUACGGUUCACUGACUCAGCCAAAACCUUGUGUACUAUUGUUUUGCUUGGUUGCUUUUUAUGCUUCCAAAGGAUCAUGUUAUAGAAUUUAUCUGUUCUUAGAAACAAAUUGCAGCUUUUCGUAACAAUUUUACUUGUUUUGUUAUAAUAGUCUAGUGGAAAUAAAGAAAUUUCUU